AUAAACUUAAAUGUUUCUAAAGAAUAUGUUCAAGAAGCAAACUAGAUUCUAGAAGUACCUAUUUGAGAGCACAAUCUACGAUAAUUCAGAAACCGUUGAUUUGGAAGACAUUAAAAAAAUGUUAUAAGGUAGGUGUAUAUUACAACUUAAAAGGUUACCCAUCUAAAGAAGAGGAGGAUCAAUUAGUCUAGAGCAUGACGAUUGUUUAAGUAUUCAAAGAAUUCAUACGUCUCAUACCUUAAUAACUGGAAAGUCCAAAGAAAUUAAAAGUGCUAUUAACAAUCCAUGUCUUAAUGGGUGAUAUCAAACAUGGCAGACUGUUUGUGCAACAAUUCCUUGGAUGGAUUGGUUGGUAACACAUGGAACAAAAGGACACUUUUAGUAAGUUUUCUUCUGUAUAAACAAUGAUAAUACAAAAAUUAGCUUUGAUCAGUGAAAUUAUAUCAAAGAGUAAAAUGAAAUCCAACGCUAAUGUCGUAUGUAAUUAACUCUGAAUUAUUAUAUUUUAGUUAAGGAUAUUGAUUCUAAUGUGAUGCAAUUUUAUAAAAUGAUUAACGCUCUCAAUCUCAUCUUAGGAUAACAUGAAGUAAACAAAUAUUUUUGAAAUAAGUUCUACGCACAGGUUUUUUAGACUCACAACAGAACAAUAGUGAUGGAAAUCUAUUUGUUAUUGUGGAAUGAUGUUAUUGCACUCUAUUUAAUGUUGGAAAGGUAAUUCCAUAUAAUAUUCUAGUUAAUAGGUUUGUACGAUAAUUCUUAGAUUGUUAUUAACAAAUGGAUUAAUAGUAAUCGAUCUAAGUUUAUGAAUUAUUAAAUGAAUACAUUAAACUAACACCAUAAGUCAAAAAAUUUGCCCAAUUGAGUGCAUUCUUUUAAAAUUGUAUUGUUAAUGAGCCUAAAUGGUAUUAACCCACAAAAAAGGAAAUAGAAGAAUUGUAAAUAUAUUUUUAAAAUGUCAAAAUUUAUCUAACGAGUAGAUCAAAAAGAUUAAAAAUUGAGAAAUCAAGUCCUCAACCAAACAAAAGCGGUUAAACCUCUGGUAGAGAUAUGAAAAAGGCAUAAUCAUAAUCCCAAAUAAUACCUAGAGGUGAUCUAAAAUAACAACAAGAUAAUUAUUUAUCUAAUACUACAAUGGAUUGUGCAAAAAGAAUACAUUAAGGAAAUAACGCAUCUUAAGCUUAAUACACAUUUGAGAGUGAAUGCUAAACUGGUGAUGUGAUUAAAUAAUGA